AUGUCAAUGCUUUUAAUACAUUAUCCAGACUGUCAUAAUAAAAAUGUAACUUCAACUGUAAUAAUAAUAGGUUGCUUUGUUAAACUCCUUGUACUGCCUAUUGUCCCCAGUAUUGAUGUGUGGUGUAUGAAUACGGUAUGUGUGUCACUAUAUUUAAAUCCAGUACAAGACAUUGUUGAACUUUACUGUAAAUGUAAUUCUAUUUGGUUUGUUUAAUUGGCAUUUGCUGGAAUGCUAUGUAUGUGUCAUCUUCUUUAUUUCUCUUUUGCACAGUCAUGAUGUCAGGACCAGUAUGUUUAAUUGAAAAUGAUAAAAAUGGACAAUUUCAUGUGAGAAAAGAGGGCAAAGACAUUCUGGAUAGGAUCAAUGAGCCGGUGGUGGUUGUGUCUGUAGUGGGACUCUACCGUACUGGGAAGUCUUAUCUUAUGAACCGCCUUGCAGGACAACAGUCAGGCUUUGCUCUUGGCAACACUAUUGAGUCGAAGACCAAAGGUAUCUGGAUGUGGUGUGUACCUCACCCAUCUAAAGCAGGACAGACUCUGGUGCUGCUGGACACAGAAGGACUGGGUGAUGUACACAAGGGAGACUCUAAGAAUGACAGCUGGAUCUUCUGUCUGGCGGUUUUGCUCAGCAGCACCCUGGUGUACAACAGCACAGGAACCAUUGAUAAUGAUGCAGUGCAAAAGCUCCACUAUAUUACUGAACUCGCGGAGCGAAUCAAGAUCAAAUCCCCAUCAUCUCCAUCAGAAGAAGAUGAUGUGGCAGGCGAGGAGGAUUAUAAUUUUGUGUGCUUUUUCCCAUCAUUUGUCUGGUGUGUGAGGGAUUUCACCUUGGAAUUAGAAAUUGCUGGAAAGCAAGUGACAGAGGAUGAAUACCUCGACUUUGCCCUGACUUUAAAAAAAGGUAGAAGCAAAACCAUCAGUGACUACAACCUGCCUCGUGAAUGUAUCCGGAGUUAUUUCCCUUCCCAGAAGUGUUUCGUUUUCCUAUCUCCAGCCUCAGUGGAAAACAUGAAGUUUUUAGAGAACCUAGAAAAGCAGGACCUUGAACCAGCUUUCCUGGAGGCCACAGGCCGUUUCUGUGAAUACAUCUUUGCAGAGAGCGCUGUGAAAACACUGAAAGGGGGUCACCAAAUUACUGGGAAAAUGUUUGGUGAUCUGGCUCAGAUUUAUGUAGACACAAUCAGCAGUGGUCAGGUGCCCUGUCUGGAAGAUGCAGUGGUUGCUCUUGCAAAUCUAGAGAACCAGGCAGCUGUUGAAGAAGCUUUAAAAGUUUAUAAGAGUGGCAUGGAAGAGGUGAAAAAGAAGUUUCCAGUAAAUGUGACUGAUGUUACCCAAGAGCAUCAAAGCGUCAGCAGUCUGGCCACAUCUGAGUUCAUUAAACGUUCCUUUAAAGAUGACAAUCAAGAGUACCUUAAGAAGUUGGAGGUGAGUUCUUAUAAACUCACAAAAUAUGGAUAGGAUAACAAUGCAGCUAUUUUAGAAAAUGU